AUGGUGACUACACCCAAAUCAGCAAAGAAACUCCCGUUUAUCGACCUCUAUAGUGACGAUGAUAAGCUUCGUAAAUCAGCAAAAACUCUCUUCAAUUAUUCCAAAAAAUACUUCCCAAAUUCUUUAAUUGAGGAACUUUUCCAAGCAAUUGAAUGUAGCCCACCAGGAUCGCGUACAGGUAUUCUCUAUUACGAUGUUUUAAGCGAUGUUUUACCAUCCCUUUGGACCAAACUUUCGUUAAGUAAGCGAAAUGACUUGAAGAUCCGUUUACAUGAAAAGGUUUGGCUUGAAACAGAUUAUGAAACACUCAAGGCUUGUUCAUCUUGUGUAUCGAGUUUAGCGGGUUUACUUUUCCCUAAAAAUGAAUGGGUUUUAUUGUUUCACUUAAUGUUUGAGUAUUUGGGUACGAAUUCAUCGAACGGAAAAUUGUGUGUUAUGCUUUUAUGGAAUGAAUUGAUACCAAAAUGUCCUGAGGUUUUUGUACCUUAUGUUGAUUUUUUGAUUGAGGGGUUUACAGACCUUAUGCCUACUGUAUUGGAAGAUCAUCGAUCUAGGGUUGCUGCUGCUAGGGCUUCUGUGAAAUUGAUUUUCCUUCUUGAGGAUUUGAUUGUUUUGGUUGGGGUAGAGACCGCGGUUUUUAAAGUUAAUAUCGGUGUUGUGGUUAAGUAUAUGGUGAGGAUAGCUGAGAAUUCGAAGUUAGGGGAAAAGUUAAGGCAGCUAUCUAUAGAGUUUAUUGUUACUUUGGCUGAGGAUAGGGAAAUUGGGUGUGGGAUGAUGCAGAUGGUACCAAAAGAAGAAGUUACUAAAUUGCUUAGUGUGUUGAUUGUGAUGUUGGUGCAUAUUAAAGAAGACCCUUGUUGGGGAAAUGCAACUAGUGAUGAUGAAAAUGAAGGGCAGUUGAGUAUGUGUAGUUAUGCUAUGGAGAGUUUAGAUAGGCUAGCAAUUGCAUUAGGGGGAAGUGUAAUUGUGCCUUGUUGCGCUGUGGGCUUGUUCGACCUCUUGCAUGAUCAAAAUUGGAGAAUUCGUCAUGCUGCCGUUACUGCAAUUGGACUGAUUUCAGAAGGAUGCUCAAAGGCAUUGUUACUGGAAAUGGAGAAACUUGUGCAGACUAUUGUGAAACUAAUCCAUGAUGAGCACCCUCGAGUAUGUUGGGCGACAAUUCGUACAAUUGGUCAGCUAUCAACAUAUCUGAGCCCUCGUUUUCAAGAGCAAUAUCAUCAGCAGCUCCUUCGAGCUUUGAUAGAAGUAUUGGAUGAUGUUGAUAAUCCCAGGUUGCAGACACGUGCAGCUUCAGCGAUACAGUUGUUCAGUCAAAAUUGCAGUGCAGAUGUCUUGAAACCUUACCUGCACAAUAUAGUGCGUAAAUUAGUUGGGUUUCUACAGAGAGGAACGGCAAUGAUGAAGGAAGCAUCUCUUGCAACUUUAGCCUCUUUAGCUAUUUCAUCACAGGAGGACUCUGCAUACUUAUACGAUUCUCUAAUGCCUUAUCUGAAAGUUAUCUUGGAAACUGCUACUAAUGAUACAAGUCGCACGCUACUGGCCAAAUCCAUGGAAUGCAUUACCAUGGCUGCAAUGGCUGUUGGAAAUCUAGCAAUCAAUGAUUAUGUUGAAAAGGUCACUGCAAUACUCAUUUCACUGCACGAAACUCAAACGGUGAUAGAAGAUCCAAUGAGGAGACUUUUGUUACUAGAAUGCGGUAGACUAUGUAAAUUUUUGGGGGCAGAUUUCCUUUCUUAUCUGAGUCUUGUCAUGCCCGUUGCGCUAAAAUCUGCUUUGCUGAAGAACUAUUUGAGUGUUUCCGAUAAUUCAGAUACAGAUGAUUCUGAUUAUGAAAGAGACAACAUCUCCGAGUCAAAGGAAAACAUCUGGUCUUUCCGGGCACUUAAGGUUUCACAGAUGUUUUAUGAGGUUAUUAGUCACUGCACUUAA